AUGCAUUCUUCGGUAAUAGGCCUCUCUACUCUUGUAGGCUCUGUUCUCGGCAGUUACACUUUACCCUCAGGAUUCAACGUCAAUUCAGUGACAGCAAGACAGCGAGGCAUGUCGAUCACAAAAUAUUCAGGCAGCAGAUACUAUACCACCUUGAACUUUGAAUGUGAAUGCUUUGAUGGCACAGUUCCCGAUAUUUCGGAGUACAAAAAGUCUAUUCCUUCCUAUGUCUGCAAGGCUGCAUAUGCUCAGUGCAUCGCUUCGAACUCAGGUGACGCUACGGCCUAG